AUGACUGUCAGGGGAAUCCACAAGUUCUACGAACCGGCCGUUCUUCUCAACGCCCUCAACUUUACCGAGAGGGAGGCAGCUCCGCCUGGAGACUUUGACGCAACAAUCGACACGACGGAUCCACGGCAGCUUUUCCAAGCCUUUGUAUACAAGCUGGGGCACAUUUGUGACAGCGUGAAAGGCAACUAUGGGGCAACCAUCACUUCAUUCUGCGUCUUGAAGGAUGAAGAGAAGGACGAAGCUGCCCACUACUGGUUCACUUCCAACCAGAGAACUCGCGAGGAUCUGGAGACCACGGCCGAGUACGUGAGGGAGCUUCUUGGGAAAGUUGGUGAUCCCGAUGAAGAUUUGGCUAGCCUAAAGAGGGGGCUUCUUUCUGAUGUCCUAUGGUUCAACCGACCAAGGCUCGAGUACUACUUUCGCCAAAUGUCUGACAGGGCGACCAAGUGUCGAGGCUCUUGCCUAGACACGGAUGACGAUGAAGUUGUGCAUCUAGGCACGAGGGCCAUUAAGCUACUCGAACAGCUCUGCCGUUCACCGGAAGGCAAGAUAAUAGCGGAGCGAGCCCGAGAAGGCCGCAAGUAUGGAGUCCCAAGCCAGAAAUGUUGGCCUGACUUGCAACACAUGAUAAAUCGCACGACUGCUUACUCGGAGUCUGUGCGGUUCAUCCUAGCUGCAAAGGUUAGAUGGCCUGGGCUCUUUGACAAGUUCAAGGUGUCGUUCAUCGAGUCGAGCCAACGAAUGGAAAGACCCUUUAGAAACAAGAGUCAGACUGCCGAUGGCAUCGUUGGGAGGAUGACGAGGAAGCAGAAGAUGAUUGACACUUUCAGGGAGUUUGCCCGCGAUCUUCAGAGGUUUAACCUGGACGAGCUCAUCAUGGGUGUUUGGAAGGAUCCCAACUUCCGGCCCAUUGUGCACGCCGAGGUGCUGCUUCUCGAUCAUCUUGACAAGAAGGGUCUCCUGGAGCCACGUUUCUUCUUCAAUGAGUGGAUGUACAUUGGCAGCAGCAAGCCGACCUGCAAGCUGUGCCAUCACUAUUUCACACUGCACCACGUCUCAAAUGUGGGACAUCGACCCUCACACGGGAACCUGUACCUGCACUGGCGUUUCCCCGACGUGCUCAAGUCCCAAGGCGAGACGGGUAUCCAAAGGAGGCAGAUCAUGGUCGACAGGGUGCUGGGGGAGGUUCGAAAGGAAGCAUUCGAUAUCGUAUCCAGGAAGGGGACGUCAAGUUACAAGGGCGAUGACUCGUUCACGUACUCUGCUGCGAUGCCUGACAGGUCGACUGUUGCGGGCUCGGUCGUUGAUCUUGGGGACUUGGCUUCUAUGAUUGGACAUAUGGACUUGAGUGAUAGAGCUGGGGACUUUGACUGAGAGGGAUGAAGUACCACCAUGGGUGUGACUUGUGUGCUUCAGGUAUCUCUUUUUGUGAUGAAGGGCCAUUGAUAGUGAUAGUGGGAGAUGGAUAGCUAAAGAACCGUACAUGAUGGAAAUGAUGCAAUAUCUCUA